AUGGCAGUGAGGUGGUGUUCCUUUGGGUUUGUGUUGUUGGUAGUGUUCGCAUGGUGUGCUGAUGCACAGCCUAACUUGAGGCUUCCUUCGUACAACAACCCCCAACCCCAAAUUACAACCUCCACGCCUAGACAGCCCCAAUGGCCAGAGCCCCAGUGGCCACAGCUGCAGACUCCCCAAAGACCAGAGCCCCAGAGGCCACAGCUGCAGACUCACCAGAGGUCAGAGCCACAGGGACCACAACUACAGACACUCCAGAGGCCAGAGACCCAGAGGCCACAGCUGCAGACUCCCCAGAUGCCACAGCUGCAGACUUCUCAGAGACCAGAGCCCCAGAGGCCACAGCUGCAGACUCAGAGACCAGAGCCCCAGAGGCCACAGCUGCAGACUCAGCAGAGGCCAGAGCCCCAGGGACCACAACUACAGACUCUCCAGAGACCAGAGCCCCAGAGGCCACAGCAGCAGACUCCCCAGAGACCAGAGCCCCAGAGGCCACAGCAGCAGACCCCCCAGAGACAAGAGCCCCAGGGGCCACAGAGGCAGGCUCCCCAGAGGCCAAAGCAGCAGACAUCUCAGAGACCAGAGCCCCAGGGGCCACAGCUGCAGACUCCCCUGAGACCAGUGCACCAGUGGCCACAGCUGCAGACUCCUCAGAGGCCACAGCAGCAGACUCAUCAGAGACCAGAGCCCCAGUGGCCACAGCUGCAGACUCCUCAGAGGCCACAGCAGCAGACUCCUCAGAGGCCAGAUCACCAGGGGCCACAGCUACAGACUCCCCAUAGGCCAGAGUCCCAGUGGCCACAGCAGCAGACUCCUCAGAGGCCAGAUCACCAGUGGCCACAGCUACAGACUCCCCAGAGACCAGAUCACCAGAGGCCACAGCAGCAGACUCCCCAGAGGCAUGAGCCCCAGUGGCCACAGCUACAGACUCCCCAGAGGCAUGAGCCCCAGUGGCCACAGCAGCAGACUCCCCAGAGACCAGAUCACCAGAGGCCACAGCAGCAGACUCCCCAGAGACCACAGACUCCUCAGAGACCAGAGCCUCAUUGGCCACAGCAGCAGACUCCGCAGAGACCAGAGCCCCAGUGGCCACAGCAGCAGACUCCCCAGAGACCAGAGCCCCAGUGGCCACAGCAGCAGACUCCCCAGAGGCAAGAGCCACAUGGGCCACAGCAACAGACUCCCCAGCGGCCAGAGUCCCAGUGGCCACAGCAGCAGACUCCUCAGAGGCCAGUGAUCCAGGGGCCACAGCAGCAGACUCCCCAGCGGCCAGAGUCGCAGUGGCCACAGCAGCAGACUCCCCAGCGGCCAGAGUCCCGGUGGCCACAGCAGCAGACUCCCCAGCGGCCAGAGUCCCAGUGGCCACAGCAACAGACUCCCCAGCGGCCAGUGAUCCAGGGGCCACAGCAGCAGACUCCCCAGCGGCCAGAGUCCCAGUGGCCACAGCAGCAGACUCCUCAGAGGCCAGUGAUCCAGGGGCCACAGCAGCAGACUCCCCAGCGGCCAGAGUCCCAGUGGCCACAGCAACAGACUCCUCAGAGGCCAGUGAUCCAGGGGCCACAGCAGCAGACUCCCCAGCGGCCAGAGUCCCAGUGGCCACAGCAGCAGACUCCUCAGAGGCCAGUGAUCCAGGGGCCACAGCAGCAGACUCCCCAGCGGCCAGAGUCCCAGUGGCCAGCAGUAACCCAAACUCCAGAUCAGAGAUGUCAAGUACCGGUUCGGGAUAUAGUGCAAUGUGGAACCCCAGAUAUUACUCCAUCUCAAUGUCAGGCUAUCUACUGCUGCUUCAAUGGACAGCAGUGCUACUAUGGGAAGGCAGUGACUGUGCAGUGUACCAGGGAUGCUCAGUUUGUGGUGGUGGUGGCCAGGGAUUCCACUUGGCCCAAAAUAGACAUUGAUUCCAUCAGUCUGUUGGGGGGACAUGACCGCCCCUGCAGUCCUGUUGGCAUCACUUCAGCCUUCGCCAUAUACCAGUUCCCUGUCACUGCCUGUGGCACCACUAUAAAGGAGGAAAGUGGUUAUGUGGUUUACGAGAACAGGAUGGCAUCUUCCUAUAACGUCGGGGUGGGACCUCGAGGCUCUAUCACCAGAGACAGCCAUUUUGAGCUGCUGUUCCAGUGUAAGUACUCUGCCACUGCAGUAGAGGCUCUGGUUACUGAGGUGAACACUGUUCCUGCACCCGCUCCUGUCGCUGCUCCGGGACCCCUCAGAGUGGAACUGAGACUGGCCAAAGGAACAUGCGACACCAAGGGGUGUAAUGACGAGUCGAGAUCCUUCACAUUGUAUUACACUGAGGAAGACUACCCCAUCACUAAAGUCUUGAGGCAGCCUGUGAACGUUGAGGUUCGCAUCCUGGAGAGGAAGGAUCCCAACCUGUUCCUGAUGCUGGAGCACUGCUGGACCACCUCUGAGCCCAGCCCUGCCAGCAUGCCCCAGUGGGAUCUCAUCAUGGAAGAUUGUUCCUACCCAAAUGAUAAUUACCUGACCACCAUGGUCCCUGUGGAACGUUCCUCUGGCCUUCUGUACCCCAACCACUACAAACGCUUUACCCUCGAGAUGUUCACCUUUGUGGAUCACACCCUGUCUCCCCAGAAAGAGCGGAUUUUCAUCCACUGUAGUACAUCUGUGUGCUACCCUACUCCAGGGGUCUCCUGUGAACCGAAAUGCAACAGGCAAAGGAGAGAUGUUGCUGCUGCUCAGAGGAAGACUAUACAGACUGCUGUGGUCUCCAGUGGAGAAGUGGUCCUGGUUGACAAAAAGCCUAUCUCCCUUUCAAACCACUAA